CGCAAAGGAUGCCUGAAUUCAACAGAAGCGCAAAUGGAUGGCCAAAUGAUUGUAAAACAUCUAUAAAUUGGAGGUGGCCUACAUGGAUCAAACACCAUUCUUCACCACCUGUCGCCAGAGGUCACUGAAAGUUUACAUUGGCAACCGGUCGACCUUGAAAAAUUGGUCGCCCUUUCCGCGAGUGUUCGACUAUAUGGCGUGCUGUUGCGUCAGUGAAGUAGGAAGCUGAAAUAAAGAGACCAAAACUUUAUGAACCUCGUACCUGAAGGUACACAAAAACACUUUUAAUUGGAUUUACAUGCUACAAGGUGCAACGGAGGACCCACAGAGAUUGUCAGGUCGUGGAUAUUUCCAGGUACUUAACUGUCUGAAGGUUUUUGUACAUACUGCAAUGAGGCCUUACCGGCGGUAAGGGUACCGUGAGCUUGUAAGUCCGGAAACUGAGGCAACUAGGAAAUAGAUCGAUCCAAAGUUAGUACGAUAGACCUGGGAAUGGUCUCUAAUUGAAAGAUGAUUUAAUAAGCUACCCUCACAACCCUCAUCGUCUCUGGCACAAGAUUUCAUCGCCGUGUAAGAUGACGUGGUUUGUUAUAUUUGUAUAAAACCCAGACGCAGUGUUUCCCAGUCCAACCAAAGACAGAAAUGCAUGUUAUUGUACAACCAUUGAGUGUGUGUAAACCUAACUGAACUAACUAUUAAGAGUCAUGGCAUCCAAGAAGUUCUACGAAGGCUUCAGUGACAAUUUUCUAACGUGUCACAUCUGUCUUCACGAGUAUAAAGACCCGCGUGUCCUCCCAUGCUAUCAUACUUUCUGCUUGGCUUGUCUUGCCCAGCACGUGGCAGCGAGUGGGACAGGACGCAACAUCACGUGCCCAGUGUGCCGCCAGGAGGCGCCUGUUCCACCAGGUGGACUGGAGAAUCUUGUCCGUAACUUCUUUUUGUCCAAGGUGAAGGACUUUAUGUUGACAGCAGAAAGUAAAGACAAAUUGUGUGGGAACUGUCACUCACAAGUUGCUCAAUUUUACUGUCAAGAUUGCAAACAUUUUUUCUGUGAGAACUGUCGACAAAAACAGCAUGACGCUAUAAAAUUUCUGCAGGGACACACAAUGAUGUCGGUGUCUGACUUUGGGAAGCAAGUCCAAGAAAUGAAGGGAGUAACAUUAUUUUGCGAUAAGCAUGAAGAAGAACGGUUGAAAUUUUAUUGCACAGAUGACAAUGUUGUUGUGUGUCGUGACUGUAUUCUCACCAAACACAACAAACACAAUUGUGUAGACAUUGCAGAUAUAGCAGAAACGCAAAAAGAGAAAAUACAAAGUGCAUUUCAUGAUCUGUCUAAGAACAUUUCACUAUUUGAAAAUGCAGAGUCGGAAAUAUCCAAACAACAGGAAGAUGCGACUUACGACAGAAACAAGACUGUGACCGACAUACAACAACAAGGAGCGUAUAUUAAAAAAGACGUUCAGCAAAUUUCUGAUCAGUUGACCGCAAAAGCAGAAGCCCUCACUGAAGCUCGUUUAAAAUUCCUCGAGGCUGAGAAAGACCGCAUUCAACUACAGAGGGUAUCCAUUCAAAGUACUUGCGAGUUCGCCAAACACCUUGUCAAACAUGGCUCCCACACGGAGGUUAUGACACACGCUAAAAAUAUCCAAGCUAGGAUGAAAGAACUGAACAGUGUUAAACCUUCUGUACCGGAAAGAACAACCGCGAUCACUUUUAGGAAAGAAAAACUUCCUGCGGACUUCUUUGGUUGCGUGAAGGAGUUAGAAUGGCUAGAUGCUGCAUCCUUAGUGGAUAAGUUUGAUAGCAGCAUCGGAUAUUUAUGGAACAUAUCAUGCAGUCAUAGUGGGACGAUAUGUUUAGUUUCUUACAAAUCGAAAAAACUUCAGGUAAUAUCACCAUCUCAUAAGGUGAUAUUUCAGGUUGAUGUACCAGACCCCAGGGGUGUCACCGUGCUCCAGGAUGACAGACUGGUGGUUACAUGUAAGGAUGGAUGCCAAGUGUAUUCCUCCUCUUGGAAACAUGUCCAAACAUUUGGUCAGGGUGACAUGUCUACACCCUGGGGUGUUACAGCGGACAACAAUGGGCGCAUAUUUGUCUGUGAUAGGACCAAUAAAUGUAUCUGUGUGUAUGACGCUGUGCAGUACAGUUUUAUCAAUAAGAUCAGUGUUCCUAUUUGUAAAGAUCCACGAUACAUUGCAGUGCUCCCAUGCCGUGACAUCAUUGUGGUGAGUAACUAUGAUGGACAAUGGCUUUAUGGAGUGACCCCCCGGGGUGCUGUAGUGUUCAAGUAUGGUACACCAGGUGAGGAAGUCUCAGGUGAUGGAGACCUGAACAAGCCCUGGGGAGUGUGUACAGACAGCGCGGGGCACAUCUUCAUUGCUGACCCGUGGAAUAACAGGGUGGUUGUUCUGACCUCAGAUGGUCAACUAUUGAGGGACGUGGUGGGUCCACAACAGGUUUCACUACCAGUGGGUGUGACCAUUGAUAACAAAGGACAGCUUGUAGUGGGGGAGUGGAGAGGCAAGGUGAAAACAUUUCGCUAUGUUCUUUGACUACAAUAUAAGUUGUAUUACAAACGUUAUCAGGCGACAUCACAAAAAGUGAACAAUUGCAGGAGCACUUCGUGAAAAUAAAUAUUUUUAAUGUUUGGAACCACAAAGACGAGUUGCUUUAUUAUAACAGAUUGAAAAAAAUAUUGAAAGAAAAAUGAAGUUGGAAAAACCUAUCAUACGCGGGAGUUGAAAUUCGAUACGUGGAAAUAUAAUUGAAUACCGAAAAUUCAAUUUAGCAACUGACCGACGUUGUGGUUUGAACCUUUUAUUUAUACUUAUCAUUCUUAUUAUACUGGAUGACUAACAACAUUCACCCAAUCCAUGGCAUUGUUCAUGAAGUUAUUGUUUUCAUAUUCCGGGUCUUUGUCUAUUUACCUAGAGACAUAUCUGUGAAUAUAUGUGAAAAAUCAAACUGUUGCCCUUGUAGAGGGUACCAUUAUGGCAUUUAUUAAUCUUAAAAAAAAAAAAAAAGAAUCAGCUGCUCUUUCGUCUGCAACAGAGACGAAAAUUCGUUUCUCACUUUCAGAUGGCGCUACAGUAUUUUACUUGUGUCAAACAUGCGAAAAGUGUUCAAAUAAAAGCAUGCAAUGGACCAUAAAAGGCAGCCAGUGACCUACAGAAUGUCGUUGCAGUGUGGGUUGGGGCGAGCCUGGAAUCCUGUUUUCCUCUGAUAUAUUUUCAAAUAUAC